AAUAGCGCAAAUUCAGUGCCCGGUCUCUGCAGCGCCCGGACCGACGACCGACGUUUAUCUGCCAUCCGCGACAACAUACUCACGAAGCUGAGCCCGUUCCUGCCAUUCGAUACUUCUCACUGGUGGUCAGGCGGCGAGGAGAGCGCGUGGAACGGCUCCAGGAGCGUAGAUCCAGCUCUAUUGUCGGCCUACGAGGCACUGUCGCAGGUCCUGGACGGGGAAGACGAGCCCACGAGUUGCAUCCAGCCCGAUAGGGGGCGGGGUACGCCAGCGUUCGCCAAGCGGAUUUCACUGUUCUUCCCCGUGAACGAUAGCGUUAUCUACGCACCGUUGGAGAGGCACCAAACAGACGAGGAAAACAAUCACUCUUUCAACAAUUCCACUCUUCCGAUUCGGUACACUUUCAUAUUUACACCAGCACUGCCUUCACUGCCAGUCUAUUCGGCUGAGCUGAGGCUGUUCAAGAGAGUAGUGUCCAGUUGCAAGGACGUCUUUGAGAAUGUGGAGGUGUUUUAUGUGAGGAGAAGGGACGGCGAAGAACAAGAGAGACUCUUUGUGACUUCCAAGAAUCUAGAACUCGUCAAAGAUGAGUAUGACUCGCUUGACGUGACGGAAGCUGUAAGCAAGUGGGUUGAGAACCGGUUGAAUGGCAGUCUUGAACUCGAAGUCAUUGUGAACUGCCCUUUCUCGAUUAAAACCGGCUCUCUCUCGCCUCCGUCUAUUGAGUUUGUUCGGGACAAAGGCACCACUACUGUGGACGACCUUGUGGACACGAGG